ACAGCUGAUCGGUGAGCUCCGAUUGGUCAUUUUCAAAAUUGCAUUUCUUCAACUGUAACUUCAAAGAACACGAAGCUUUAACUCUCAUAUUUGUUAGAAUUUUAGUGAGUUUCUUGAGGAACAUCGAGUGUUUUUGUGCUUUAGAUGUGUAACAAGUUGAGUUUGAGUUAAGUGUGCAGUGCAACUAAGAAAAAAUGUGUGACACUCCUUUUAAAACACCCCUACCGUAUCGAACCCCCCGAGCUGACUUGAACCGAGACAUGUUUGUGGAAAAAGGAGCCUCCGACAGUGAUGAAAGCGUUGCCUCGUGUAAUUCUGAUAAUAUGGGUUCUGGAUCAGGCCAGUCUUCAAACGGAGACAUUUCCCUGGCGGCGCAAUUUGAUGAUUUGAUGCGGAGUUAUCGCCCCUUUAGAAACAAUGAGUUAGAGACUCUCCCAGCGUUUAUGGAGUUUGUUGAAGAAGUGAAGUUAUUGUAUGUUGAUUAUUUUCAAGCACUGGAUGAAAUUAACAGGCUGAAAAAUGUUCUCGAUAAUAAAGUAGUGGAAUGUAGUGAUUUGGAGAAUAAGUUACACACAGCUCGGAAAAUGAUUGAUAAGGAAAAGCUAAUGGUUAGGACAGCCAGGAAGGAGAGGGAUGAAUUAGCUUCACAGAUAAACCUUGUCAAAGACCUUCUCUUCAAGGAUAAAAAUACUACUAUCAGGUUUUCGGAUGAAAUGAGGCAAAAAUUUUCAUUUUUGCAUAAUAAUAACUGGCAAAGCGAGUGGGAUUUGACCAGUGCAAAUGGAAAUGGUCAUCAUCCCCAACUUAGCGCUAUCAGAGAAGUUAAUUCAACUGGAUCCAUGUUGUCAGACUUUAGCUAUUCACAGUCAGAAGAUGAUUUAGAUCAUUCUCGUCUCUCUGGAGUUGCUUGGAAAAAACACAGGCCAAGCACAGGUGCCUCUGCCGAACCUGCAAUUAAAAAAAGACGUUCUUCUGGAAAUAAAGUUGUUGAGAUUGGAGCUGCUGACACCGUUAGAGCAACCACUACUCUAACUCUUAACAAAGAUGGUCCUAUUACUGCUACGUCUAUUAUCGAGUCCGUCCCUAAAACUCCGGGAGCCCCAGAAUCGGCCCAUACGGCCGACUCAUACCCCAGUGCCCCUCCAGCAAACCUUGUUUUUGAAUCCUGGGCUCGUGAAAGUCCGCGCAAAACUCACCAGAAACUAGCCGGCAAAGAACAUUGUUUUCAACAAAAAACUCUUGUAAUGCCUGAAACUUGCACAUCUUGCGAUAAACGAAUCCGCUUUGGUAGGAGCGCUUUUAAGUGCAAAGAAUGCAAAGCUCUGUGUCAUUUGGAAUGCAAGAACAAUCUUCCUUUGCCAUGUAUUCCUGUGGUGCAUACACCAAAUCAACGAAACGGAUUGGGGGUUAUUGGUGAUUAUACCCCAACAACUCCCCCCAUGGUUCCAGCUAUUCUUAUCCACUGCAUAAACGAAAUUGAAUUAAGAGGGCUCUCAGAAGUUGGCUUAUACCGAGUUCCAGGCUCAGAACGUGAUGUUAAGGCUUUGAAGGAACGGUUUCUGAAAGGCAAAGGGGCCCCAUGUCUUAAUCAAGUUGACAUUCCUGUGAUUUGUGGAACUGUCAAAGACUUUCUCAGGGGUUUACAUGAACCAGUCAUAACUUACGCCUUGUGGAAAAAAUUUGUACAAGCUGUGAAUGCUCAGGACCCACUUGACAUCCAACCAGCUCUGUAUCAAGCCAUAUCAGAGCUUCCACAACCAAACAGAGACACUCUCGCAUAUAUGAUUCUGCAUCUUCAGAAGGUGGCAGAGGCCAAAGAAUGCAAAAUGAAUAUCGGUAACCUUGCCAAAAUUUUCGGACCGACUUUAGUUGGAUACUCGUCCGAUAAUCCAAACCCGAAUAAUUUGCUGGAUGAAAUCGUUCAACAUAAUAUGGUAAUGGAACAUUUGCUUAAUAUCCCAUCUGAUUACUGGUCUGGUUUUAUCAACAUCGAGCCGACUUAUCAACGUGGAAAAUUGCAGCAAACUCCAAGCACUGAUUCAUUAUUGCGUCCUAUAGCUCCUAAAGGACUUUUCACACCAGUGAGCGCUAACAGAAGUUGUGCGAAAAAGAAGCAGAAGUAUUUUCCUUCACCCAAGAAUUUCCGAUAAAUUAUUACUUAUUAAUAAGUUUUUUUACAUUUUAUACUGAAGAAAUAUUAUUUUCUAAACUUUAGCAUCUUUUAUAUGCCUUUUAAAUAUACCACUGUAUAUUGUCCAAGUUGAUUGGAUUGGUUAUUUUCAAACUAAGUGGUGUAAAAUAUUUAUGUAAAAACUAAUUACGUUAAAAUAUACCAUAUUUUGGACUAAA